AUGAUGGAAGAUUAUUUUAUUUUAUCAAAAUGUGGCCAAGGUACAUAUGGGUCAGUUUUUAAAGCUAUACAUAAAAGUUCAAAUACUUUAGUAGCAUUAAAACAGAUUAGCGAUGUUGCACAAGAAGAUGGUACACCAGUCGAAAUUAAAUAUUUAGUUCAACUAAGAGAUUUACCAAAUAUAGUAUAUUUAAGAGAUUAUUUUUAUUCACAAGUUGAUGGAAAUAAUGUAUUAUUUCUUGUUAUGGAGUAUAUUGAAGGUGAUUUAUGGAAGAUAAUGUCAAACCCACAAUGCAGUUUAACAAUUGGUCAAAUUAAAUUAUUUACAAGACAAUUACUAGAGGCAGUCAAGCAAUGUCACAUUAAAGGAAUUAUGCAUAGAGAUAUAAAACCUGCCAAUCUAUUAAUCGAUUUAAAUGGUGAAUUAAAAUUAACAGAUUUUGGAUUAUCAACUUCCUAUACACAUAAAUACGAAAAAUAUCUUUCAAACAAUGUAGUUUCAUUAUAUUAUAGACCACCAGAGUUACUAUUAGGAACAAUAGCUUAUGGUCCAGAAAUCGAUAUGUGGAGUGUUGGAUGUAUAUUAAUGGAAAUGAUUAAUAACUCUUAUUUAUUUGCUGGUUCCGAUGAAACUGGACAGUUAGAUUUAAUUUUUAAAAUGUUUGGCUAUCCAAAUGAAAAGAGUUGGCCAGGAAUUGCACAAUUACCAGGUUGGAAUAGUUAUAUCAAUAGAAAACAACAAUCAACAUCACCAUCCUCUUCAUUAACCUCAACUCCUUCAUCAUCACCAUGUCCAUAUAGUUUAACAAUCAAAUAA